UUGUAGUUUGAUGAUUUCUCUGCUCUUCUUUUUCUUUUCUUUAGGCUGAUCCGUGACAUGCGGGCACGAGUACGGUCAUUGACACGAGGUGGUUCUCGCUCUUGGUCGAACGUUUUAAUGUAAGCAGAGGCUGUAGUCUCUGUAGCGCUGUAGUUCUGCGAUGUGAGACUGUUCACAUAAUGAGCUCUGCAGGAGAAGUAUCCGGCGUCUCGGCAUUCGAAAAGUAUUUUGCUCUGGAACUGCUUUAUAAAUCAUGUAAUGAGAGCUUGCGGUCGAAAGAGGAUGCUCUUAUUGUUCUAGCUCACUAUCUCCUGGUAAGAAACCGCAAACGCUGCGCGGGAACCGGAGAGGUGUGGGAUGAUACCAACCAGCGCACCUCAGAGGCGCUGCCUACGGGCUGGAAUGAAGACCAAGGCAUGUACACAAUCCGAUACAUAUCUGCUCAAAAUAAUGAGCGAUAUUUGCUGAAGGCAAUUCGAACAGACGACUCUCUUCUGAUUUGUGUCUUGAACAUUAAGGAGGAUAAAACAGCAUCCACUAGCCUGAAUGUUGGCAAGUAUGUAUCUGAGGAAUACAAGGACUGUUCUCGGGCAUUCAAGGAUUUGAAUGCUGUGGUUGAAAAGAUCAAUCGAGAGGUGAUUAAUGCUCUUGAGCUCAGUGAAAGUGAGAUUUCUGGUGUUUGUGGUGCUUCAUCAGUCACCUCCCGUGAAAGAGUUCUGCGUAUGGCCACUGGGCAGCCUAGCACGCACUGGCGCCAGGUACAAGAGCCAGCUCCACUGGGCCAGAGUGAUCUGGAUCCAUUCUCUGGGAGCACUGGCGGGGGGAUGAUCAUGGAUCCAAGGGAGUUAACAAGGGCUCCACACUCCAGCCGUGGACCAACCAUUCCGGGCCUGCCAAGAGCAUCAGUUCCUCCCGGUUCCAGGUUUGACCCAUUUGGACCUUCGUCUACUAAUGAUCCCGCAGGUCUCAGGUUUUCUGGGCCCAACCCAGACCAUGCAGCAAGGCCACCAGACUAUGAUGACAUGUUCAGCUGAAUCAGACAGGUUGACAUUUUGUCAUGGUUUUUGUCUGUGUGUGAAAAUGUGUGUUUUCCAAUAAAGAGUGGAAAAAGGGGGUAAAGUGAAGGUCAAGUUUGUUUCUUUUUAUAUAACUACAGCAUUAAAUACAGAAAGAAAA